AUGUUGCCGCAGUCGGUCGAUUCGUCAAGCUGCACCGCGAAAAAAGGCGAGCUCCGAACUCUGCACAGUACUUGGAAAUUCGAGCUCUACCAGGAAAACAUCGACCAUCUCCGCAGAAGACACCUCGCGUAUCUCAUGGCAGAUCAGGGAACUCUGCUCAAUCCAGAAAGUGUCCACAAUUUACCGAAACAGCAUCUUACAAGACGCCGAGUCAAACGCAACAAGACCGUCAUUCAGGUCAUCCUUGGAGGCGACAUGGCUGACGAUCAGAAGGAAGAGAGCGUUCGAACGAAAAACAUAAAACAGACGGAAAUUCUCGUCGACCUGAGAGAAGCCAUCCUCCAAAUUGCUCGACACUUCACCUCGUUGGAUCCGAAAAUACAAAUCAAUUUAACUGCCGAUUACUCGAUGGAAUCUCAUUCGAAAGACCAUCAAAACUUUGCCCUGAGCACAUCCGCCAAACCGAAGCGCGCUAAAGCUCUCCUUGAUUUCGAGAGAACCGAUAACGAUGAGCUCGGUUUCAAGAAGAACGAUAUAAUUGUUGUUGUGAGUCAACGCGACGAGCACUGUUGGACGGGUGAGCUGAAUGGAUGUCGAGGUUGGUUUCCAGCCAAGUUCGUGAAGCUGCUCGACGAGCGCUCGAAGCCCUACUCGCUCGCGGGCGAUGACACCGUCACGGAAGCGGUGACCGACCUGGCUCGAGGAGUCUUGUGUCCGGCCAUGAAGGCUGUCCUAGAGUACGGACUCCGGAGACCAUCGUUUGGCCAGCUGUCCAUGCACCCCUGGCAAUUCAUCGAAGAGGUUGCGAGUCGACAAGUCGAGAAGGAUCUGAAUUCCGUUUACUCUCGACUCGUGCUGUGUAAGACAUUCCGCCUAGAUGAAGAUGGAAAGGUCCUCAGUCCUGAAGAAGUUCUCUUUCGGUCCGUGCAAGCAGUGAACGUGACACACGAUGCGGUCAACGCGGCGAUGGACGUCAAGCUGCGUACGCUUGUCUGCAUCGGUCUUAAUGAGCAAUUGCUCCACUUGUGGUUCGAGGUGCUCUGCUCCAGGAUCGACGUCGUGCAAAAAUGGUACCAUCCGUGGUCUUUUGUGAAUUCUCCUGGCUGGGUGCAAAUCAAGUGCGAGCUAAGGCUCCUCAAUCAAUUUUCUUUCAAUCUGAGUCCCGAUUGGGGACUUCCGUCGAAAGUUGCUCCGUCUCAAGAACCUCUCAGAGAGGGCGUUCGUGAUAUGCUAGUAGAACAUCAUCUCUUCUCAUGGGACCUCUGAGACGAUCUCAUGAUCGAGCUGAUUCAUCUAUCAAUCCUGCGGAUUGCUGUUCAAUACAUGUUCAACAAGUAGUGAACCAACUUUGUUUUAGUCGAAAACUCUGUCGACGAAAAUUCGGAAAGUUACGUUCCCACUAUUUGAGAUGUUGCAACCCUCUCACCUCAGGAAUUCGCAGAGAAUUCCGUGUCCUGUGAGAAACUGUAAAUCUUUGUUGAUAAGCUAUACACUUCGUCAGCGCAGAGAGAUCUACUCUGCGGACUCCUGACGCUGGAGAGCCAGUGCUCUCGUCUCUGACUCAUUUAUGUCCACCGAUUUGUUGACGAUUGU